AUGUCGAGCUCGAUGAGCGACGGCUCGUCAUCUAUCCGUGAGUUGAAGGCAUCUCCCGUGCGUUAUUGGGUUGGUCCGCUAGAAUAUCAGCCCGCGGUGAUGUGCCAAUGCCGUCCACCAGCCAAGGCGGCGAGGUGGAUCUCGUGGAGCACGGACAACCCUGGGCGCCGGUAUUACAAGUGCCAAAAUGCUCGGCAAGGGGGGUGUGAUUUCUGGGCAUGGUACGACGGGCCGACGUCAAGCUUCAUCAGGGAGCUCUUGAAUGAUUUGCGGGACAGGGUGAAUUCGUUGAGGAGGGAGAACGAAGUGAUGCGAAAGGAGGUCGAACAGAGUCGGGAUAAGGUGGAAGUACAGAGUAAAGCGAUAGAUGAUGCUCGUGGUGUGGUUGCUGUGAAGAAUGCAGAAAUUAUGUGCUUGAAGGCCAGGAAUCAUAAGUUAGAGAAGGAAAGAAAAGUCUUUGUAAUAUGUGCGGUGUCAUGUAUGUUUGUGCUGUUUGUGGUGUUGUUUGGGAAGAAGUGAGACAGUGUGAUGUGUGGCCAAUAUGUUGUAAUCAGGUCCUUAAUUAUGUGUUAGCCAUGCU